GGUUGUUUUCAGGCCGCCGUAGGCUGAUCUCAGCUGGGGCUGCUCGGCUCGCGGCUUGUAGGAGAGUCUCGCUUCCGAGACGUGCGCUCGCGGACGGAGCCGAGAGGGCCCGAGUGGCGGCUCAGAGGGCAGCGUCCCUGAGGUCGUCGGCCGCGGCGAUGUCUGCACGGUGCUGUGCUGGCCAGCUGGCCUGCUGUUGCGGUUCUGCUGGAUGCUCCCUCUGCUGCGGCUGCUGCCCUAAGAUCCGGCAGUCUCGGACCACCCGCUUCAUGUAUCUACUGUACUUCCUCCUGGUCAUCGGCCUCUGCUGUGUGAUGAUGUCAUCCUCCGUGACUAAGCAGAUGAAGGAGCAUAUUCCUUUUUUUGAAGAUUUCUGUAAAGGCAUUAAAGCUGGUGACACCUGCGAAAACCUGGUGGGAUAUUCUGCAGUGUAUCGAGUCUGCUUUGGAAUGGCUUGCUUCUUCUUUGUGUUUUGCUUGCUGACCUUAAAGGUCAACAACAGCAAAGGUUGCCGGGCCUAUAUCCACAACGGCUUCUGGUUCUUUAAGCUUCUGCUGCUGGGGGCCAUGUGCUCAGGGGCAUUCUUCAUUCCGGAUCAGGACACCUUCCUGAACGCCUGGCGCUACGUGGGAACUGCGGGGAGCUUCUUAUUCAUUGGCAUUCAGCUCCUCCUGAUUGUCGAGUUUGCACAUAAAUGGAACAAGAACUGGAAUGCAGGCACUGCCAAUAAUAAGCUGUGGUACGCCUCGCUGUCCCUGGCGACGCUCAUCAUGUAUUCUGUCGCUGUUGGAGGCUUGGUUCUGAUGGCGGUGUUUUACACACAGAAGGAUGGCUGCACUGACAACAAGAUCCUCCUGGGAGCGCACGGCGGCCUGUGCCUGCUGAUCUCCCUGGCAGCCAUCUCACCCUGUGUCCAGAAUCGACAGCCACACUCCGGGCUGUUGCAGUCGGGGCUGAUAAGCUGCUAUGUCACAUACCUCACUUUCUCAGCACUGACCAGCAAGCCUGAAGAGCAAGUUCAAGAUGAACAUGGGAAGAAUGUCACCAUAUGUGUGCCUGACUUCGGCCAAGACCUGCAUAGAGAUGAAAACAUGGUGACCUGGCUGGGCACCUUUCUUUUGAUUGUGUGCAUCGCGUAUUCAUGUUUGACAUCAACCACGAGGUCAAGCUCGGACGCUCUGCAGAGGCGAUACGGAGCUCCUGAACUGGAAGUAGCCCGGUGCUGUUUUUGCUUCGGCCCAGAUGGAGAGGACACUGAAGAGCAGCAGAAUGUCAAGGAGGGGCCCCGGGUCAUCUAUGACGAGAAGAAAGGCACCGUCUACAGCUACUCCUAUUUCCACUUUGUCUUCUUGCUGGCUUCCCUCUAUGUGAUGAUGACCUUGACCAGCUGGUUCCAUUACGAAAAUGCCACCAUUGAGACCUUCUUCACUGGGAGCUGGUCCACCUUCUGGGUCAAGAUGGCCUCCUGCUGGAUGUGUGUGGUACUGUACCUGUGGACCCUGGUGGCCCCUCUUUGCUGUCCCUCCAGGCAGUUCUUGGUGUGAGGAUGCCCAAGUGCCCCUCGGCUAAGCAGGCCUGCGCCCCGCUCUGGAGCAUGUGCAUCAGGGUGUGAGCAGCAGCUGAUGCCCUGUGAAAAGCUGAUGCUCUCUGGCUAUCUUCCCCGGGUCUGACAACACUCUCAGAAACAAGCAAAGUCUCCCAGUCAGCUCCUCAGUCUGACCUGCCAGAAUUGAAAUCUUCAGCCAAGCCCAUAGGUGCAGUUCUUUACGCCACCCCCUAUGUGGUAGCUAAAGUUCUGUCACUGUUUUUCUUGUGUUUUAACCAGAACAGAACUCGGGGCGCAGCACCCAUCACAGGGAUGAAAAUGGCCUUGUAUAGCCUGCCAUUCUCAUACCAGGUAUAAAGAAGCAAAAACAAACCCCCUGAGGCCCUAGCCCUCAGAUGGGUCUUGACCUCUGUCACUCACGUUUGCCUCCUGGAGCCCUCACGGCUCCCUGUUUGUAGAGGACAAGAGGAAGGUCCUCCACCCUCAGACUACGGCCCUGUGUCCCUGCCGCAGCAUUUUCCUGUGAGGUCCUGAUGCUGGGAGUUAGGGCCUUUCCCCUCUGCCCUUGGCAGAGGUUCUUCAUUCUUUUUGGGGUAAUCUUUGUAAUAAUGUGAAAAGCACAAGUUGAUCUCACCUCCAUUGAAUUCUCCACCAUUUUAUGCCUACCCAGUCUGAGUCUGCAAUAACUGUGGCUCUUAUUUAUGGUGGUGUUCAUAUGAUUGUAGUCAAUGUUAUUUUCUUUGCCCGAGCAGCAGAGGACUACAGCUCUUACUUGUUAUUAACAGUAAUGCUUUAAGGAUCUUAACAGAAACACUGCUUCUUGGCUGCAGCUCGUCACACCCUUCUCAGAGUGUUACGGGCAGCCCCUGCCCAUCCUCCUCUACCACGAGGCCUUCCCCACUUGCAGUGUGCCCCAGUGCUAGCAUCGUAGAAGUAGUAGGGCUGGGGUGAGGAGCUUCAGCAGAGCCAACCAGGCAGAGCUAGACAGGCUGUGGGAGUGAGGAACUGGACUGAGAUGCAGAGGUGGGUAGCUGAGGGCAUCUCCUAGGAUUCCAUCCACAGACAUUUGCCAGAUACACUUGUGGAAAGUAGUGCUCACAGGUAUGCGUUUUCAGUGCUGAUGUUCGUAGUCUAGGAGAUUCCCCAGUGCCAAGUCUGCCGAAGAUGCUGGUGGAGGCAUAUUCUGCUUUCAUGUAGAGUAGAGAUACUCUCUAGACCUCUCAGAAGGGCUCAGUCUAGCUGUUCUUUUCUGUGCCUAUCUGAACAAGUCCGGCAGAAUUGGGACCCACCUAAGCCCGGUUCCCAUGUGCCAAAAUGUGGAUUAUUGUUUCUCCUCAUUCCUGUGUCCACCUACUAAGUGCCACGGGGGAGUAAAUAUGGGAGGAUUCUCUGAAGAACUUGCCUGGUUGACAGUGUUUGAGAUCUAGUCUUAAAGGGUACACAAAUAAGGAUGCCUUCCUUGUUUGUAAAUAUCAUCUUAAUUCCUUGUAUAGGUCAGGGACUCUUUAAGAUCAGCAGUUUAAAUACACUUGAAAAUCACAAACGAUAUAGCUACACACUAACUCUAAACAAGUCUAGUGAAUACCAUGGGAAUGGGAGCCCCAUCAACGGGGACCGGUUCAGAAAAUGGGCGGUGUGAGCCAGCUCCAUGGCAGCCUGAAGGACCCAUCCUGUGAGAAGAAGCAGAGGGGAACUGAGGUAGGGGUGGAGCAGUGAUGUUUAAUGUUUUCCUCCUGCUAAGGUCUGUCUUCUCUGUUGAGUCUGGCGGCCGGAUCUGAGUUUUGAAUUGGCCCUCAUAGCGGAUCAAGGUCAAGCUGACAAAGCCACACAUUCCUGGGCUGGUCCUUGUCAGUCCCCUUUCCUCUGCAGAAAACAGCUCAGGGAGACACAGGAUAGUGCCAGCGGCAGCUCCCUGUGGCUUCUCCGUCAGCUGGCCAGGCCCCACUUAUUUUCCAGCUGCCCAAGUGGUAGUGGGGUACGUGCCCUCCCCUUCAGAAGCUAGGUCUCCCGCGAGAAGGGUUGACCACGCCCAACUUUACUCUCAGCUGCUAGGGUUCCGCUGACAGUCAUAAGUGAGAUGGCUACACUUGAGUUUUGUGGGCUACCUAGUAAGAUAGACAUUAAGAAUUAAACCUUUAAUCUCAGCAGAAGCAAGGGGAUCUCUGUGAGUCCUAGGCAGCUAGACCCUGUCUCAAAAUGGCAAGCUGACACUCGUGAUUAGAAACUACUCAGGUGGUAGUCCGUGUGUGGGUUUAAGACCCUGUUAUAGCUUUUUGCACUUGAGAAACUGGAAAGUGUGCCAAUUGCUUUGAAUUAACAACGGCGGUGUUAACUUGCCUUAUCUACCAGUAACUUUUAAAGGUAGCGCCCUUUGCUUCUUGCCACGCUCACAGGACCAUAAAGCUCCACUCCUGGAAGCUGUGGAUCUGACCCUCUACUGUGGCAGACCUGGCAGCAGAGCGCUAGACACUGUAGUGUCCCCUCCCUCUCGUCUUAUGAGUAAAACACUUGAGCCAGGAGGGGAUUCUCCUGGCAGUCGUGCUUAGACACAGCGCCUGGUUAGAGACUAGAGACUGUCCCCGUGUUCGCCCUUGGAAAGCCUGCCAAUCAUUGCUGAGUCAAGCUUUUGUAUUUCUGGGUAGCUGCUCCAGGCUUCUUGGGAAGUCAGCAGAGGAGUUGUUUUCCAGAGGUUUGGGGAAGUUUUAUAUCUGGGUAACUGUGGUGGGGAAGGAAUUGGAGGGAGUGUAGGGUAUUGAGACUUUGGGGUUCUGAUUCCCAUAAGGAAUGGCCAGCAGGAGUUUCCACAUGACGGCAAUGUUUCCAGUUUCACAGAUGACGUCACUGUAGUGUUAAUUGCCCCCUUCCCAAACUGUCACCCUCUGCCUUUUUCAGACGAUGUACUUAUUUAAGUUUUGCCAGAUGGCCCAUCAUUGGUGCUUCACGUUUCUCUGGAAGGGAGCUCCAGAGCCUAUAUUUAAACUUGCUGGGCUUUUCUUCUUCUGUUGUCUUUCUAAGCAGGAUCUUGUUUUGGUGUAUACCAAUACCUACCACUUAUACUCAGAGAUGAGACUGAAUGCCCAGAAAGGAUGCUGGGCCCUCCUCCUUCAUCAGAGAUGAGGUUGGCACCUGGGCCUAGAAUCUGAAGGGUUUUUUUUUUUGUGUGUGUGUGUGGAAUUUAAUUAGUAAACAUUUUCAUUUCUUACAGAGAUGGGCUCUCUAGUGUCGUGGUAACAUCAGCAGACAGGAGAGCAGCUCACAAGGUCUUUAGCUCGCUCUUUUAUGCUGUCCAUCAGUGAAUCAUUCAGAGACAGUUAUUUUGAAAGGCCAAGAUACUUGACUUUUACCAAAGAGGUGUAUUUGAUUUUGUUUUAGUUGGGAUAGGGCAGGUAAAUCAGGAAUGCAUUUGCCCAAAAAGACUUUGGCAAAAGUGUAACCACAUUCACAUGAGCAAAAUGCUGGAAGAACUCGUUAAGGUAAUCCUUUGGGAGAAAGGCUCCUGGGAAACUCUCAGGUAAAGAAAGAUUGCAGCAGAUGAGUAAUAUAUGUCUUGAGAGCUAUUUAUAAAAAUUUUAAGAGGAUCAUUUUGUCUUCGUUUAUUAAAGAUUUAAACUUUUUUUACUUUGCAAAGAAAAAGUACAAAAACUUUUAUAGUCAUAUCUGUUAAUUUUUUAAAAAGAUUUUUUUUGGAAACAAUUAGCUGUAGCCAAAUUUUGUGGUUACUUUUUUUCUAUAUUGGAGUUUGAAUGCAAUUAGUAUGGUAAGUCUACUGUUGGUUUAUACAGUUUCUGACAUGGUUAGAUUUUGCUACCUUUUAAAAUUGCUGUUUUUUUGCCACAAUGCCAAUUAUGGAUUUGGAUUUGUACCUUUUUUUUGAAUGCUAAUUUUUCUAUGAACUACCUGAAAUUGACUGGCCUUUUCCUAUGUAAAAAAAAACUCAAACUUGUUAACUCUGUACUUUAAUAAAAUUUAAACCUAAAAACCA